ACUCAUUACUUACUUCAAUCAGACAUCCACGAAGAAGCUCACUACAACAAACCGGAGGGCAGUUGUAUGAUAGCUACGCAUGAACAUGUCAAGGUUGACAACUAAGAGAAACGUUAUUUAUCAGUUUCUUCGUAAUCUGAGACGUACACCAAAAUGUGAAGCUAUUCAUGCCAGCUCUACCAGGGGCAAUUUUCAAUCGCAUAACAAGCACAUUGUGGCCCGGAAGUAUCUGUCAACUGUUUCUUCACGAAAUGGAGAAUCGACGACAUCAGUAUCCUCCCCCAAAAUCAUGGAACACCUUAAGUUGCUCUAUGCAGGACAAGAGAUGCUGUCACUACGGAGAAAUAUCCAUGUUACAACAUCGACACCUGCUGAGCAAGCAUCCCUGGCGAGCGAGAUGUCGGAGGCUGUCUUUGAGAAACUGGUAGAUGAAACACUGGAUGCCCUGACAGACUAUUUUGAAGAUCUGAUGGAGCAGCCCAAUAUGUCUUCAGACUUUGAUGUGACUUAUUCCAGUGGAGUUGUGACGGUGAAAGUGGGCGGAGACCACGGCACUUACGUCAUCAACAAGCAGACGCCAAACCGGCAGAUUUGGCUCUCCUCCCCGACCAGCUGUCCUUGCUCUAAGCAUCAGGUGAAAGAAGGGCUGCAGUGUCUGCUGGAUUUUGUGGGCCAAAGCGCUACGACUGGACGGGCGAACGUUGGGUAUACUCGCACGACGGAAACUGCCUACACGACCUCCUCUCUCGAGAGUUCUCCGCCAUUUUUAACACCAAAAUGGACCUGUCGAACUUGAUUCAUUCCUAAUUGGAAGGAGGCAGAAAAAAAGCAAUUCUUCCAUAUAAAGAUGAGCUUUCUGACGAUGCCAGUGAAUGAAAAAACAACGUCGAAGCUGAACAAACAGUUUCUGUGAGAGUAUGAACAGCUGUAUUGAUAAACAAUGGCUAAAACGAGCUAGAAUUGUAAUGUGCCGUGGAUAAUUAACGUAUGUAAUCGAUCCAUAUAGCAGCGAUAUUACACGGACCAUUAGCUUGUUCAUCCAGGGGAGUCGCGUGAGGUUUUAUGCGCAGAAUAAAGGCGUUAAUCAUUUUACGGUGUAGGGUUUCCGAUUACUUUUUCUGUCAUCGUUGACUUGUAACAACAAGAGGUCUAUCAUUCGCUGUAUAAUUCACAAAAUAUACAACAAUUAAGCAACAGUAAAGAAACGGUGAUUUACAACCUUGUGUCGCACUGACUGUUAAUGUUUCUUGAGUUGCCGUGCGUGGUGUGAACGAUAGAGAGCCGCGGUAUAUAUCCUCUACAUUCUUCAUACCGCGAGCACCAUAUUAGCGCGGACCUGAGUAGCUACUCCACAGAUUAAUUGCAAAGAGAUUUUAUUUCCAAAGUUUAUUCUUGUUUCAUCCUCAAUGUAUAUUCCGACAUUUUAUAUGUAGCAAAUGGUCGUUUUCGGUUUUAUUUAAACUUUUAUGAAUGGCUUCGUGGUGGAAAUCAUGAAAUAUUAAAGCAUUUAUGAGACUGUC